UGGCCGACAUGCGCACUGGCGUCCUGUCAAGCAAGGCUGCAAAAUAAAACACAGUUUGUUUCUUUGAUAGCAGGUCUUGUGCCAUUGCAUUGUAAUCAUCACUUGUUGUUUAUGGAAACUUUGGUGUUUAGUGUAUUUUUCUGUCGUCUCACGGCGAACUGGACAACGCGGUGAACGUCCACAGUACAUCCGGCACCUGUUGCUCUCCCCCCGGCGUGUAUCCAUGGAUCUUUCCGGAUCGUCCAUGAUGACCGUCUGCUCGUCACGGCGUUGAAAUCAUCAGUGUCAGAAAGAAAAUGACAUUUAACUGAGACGGGAGGUCACCAAGAAAGUGCUCAACCAAGCAAAUCUAUGAUGGAGAUCAUGGAUACUCAGCGUGCCUUGGAGGCUGUGGAGCGACUUCAAGCCAAGCUGAAAGAGCGAGGGGAGGGCCCCGCUCAGGAGAAACUCAGCCUGCUGAAAACCGUCCUACGGAGCCCCCUCUUCCUUCAUAUUCUCAGUUUACAGAAGGCUCAGCGGAAGCCCCCAGCCAAGGGGAAGGGACUUUCCAAAUCACUGUCCAUGAACUGUGGCAAGUGCACGGGUGUGGCGAUGGACGCCACGACACUCAGCCACAGCGACUCCUACACAUGGGCAAUAGAGAACCAAAGACCCAGCAGGUCGCUCCACAGGGACGGGAGCGUUUCCUCCCUGGACUCGCAAGAUAUCUCCUUCUCAGACAUCUACCCAGACAACUGCGCACACACUGAAUCCCAGUACUGCACACCACCUCGGAUAUCCAGAACCAUGUCUAUGGGGAGGAAUCUGGCAGCAAUUGCGCAUGAGAAGCGUCACCUGGAGAUCAUAGAACUGACCAAUGAUGGGAAGGGGCUUGGCUUUGGCAUCAUAGGAGGACGGAGCACAGGAGUCAUGGUCAAGACCAUACUGCCCGGUGGAGCAGCUGGACAGGAUAAACGUUUGCACAGUGGGGAUCAAAUCUUGCGCAUUGGAGACACCGAUCUGGCUGGCAUGAACAGCGAGCAGGUGGCGCAGGUGCUUCGAAAUGCUGGUAGCAAGGUAAAACUACUCAUCGCCAGGGAUAUCAACAAGGACAGCCUUUCCUCUCCUGUCCUUAGCCAGGAGUCCUUGGAUGGUGAGCUCUUCGACCUGAAUGAUGACUAUGAGUUCAGUGUGCAGUUCACGAAAAACAGCUGGGGGCUAGGAUUCACCAUCUCCAGCUAUGUAGGCGAUCUAAACUCAAUAUAUAGUGCGGGUGUGACAGUGAAGAGCAUUUUGAAGGGCAGCAGUGUUGACCAAGAUGGGCAGAUUCACAUUGGGGAUAUCAUCCUGUCCGUGGAUGGGGUGAGCCUGCAGGGCUGCAGUGAGCAGCGUGCAAUGGAGGUGCUGAGGCGGACGGGUCCUGUAGUCAGACUGAGGCUGCUGAGGAAGGCUGUCUGCCUUCGUCACAUCUUGCCCCCGGUGCCUCCACUGCAGCCUCUCCGUCACUCCCACAGCUUCAACGAGGGCAAUCCUUACAGAGUGGGACUGAACAAGAUUUAUGAGACAGGAAUAUGCUCGCUGCGUGAAAUCUCCCGGCGUGCAGCAUACGCCAACAGACGACCCCGACAUGAUUCAAGAAACGGAGUGCAACUGACACCGGCAGAGGAAGAAGACCUCAGGAUGAGGUGGCAACGUGCCGUUGGACCGAGCUAUGAAGUCAUUGUUUGUCAACUGGAGCGCUUCAGUGAGACAAGUGGCUUCGGCAUCAGCCUGGAGGCUCGGGCCGGGCAUCAUUACCUGUGCUCCGUUUUACCCGAGGGCCCCAUUGGACAAUGUGGCAAGAUCUUCACUGGGGAUCAGAUACUCGAGGUGAACGGUAUCCCACUCAUUGGAGAGACACACAAAGAGGUGGUCAACAUCCUCAAGGAGCUGCCCAUGUGUGUUUACCUGGUGUGUUCUCGCAUUGUCCCCCCUGCCAUUCCCGACAGCGAUGAGGAAGAAGAGGACGAUGGCCAACUCACCCUGAAAGAGCUGCUGGCUGAAUUCAAUGACAAGUUGGACCAGGGCUGCGUUAUUCCCUGUCCUACGGCCGAGGACAUCACAAAGCGUGGUGUGCCCCCGAUGUCACCUCCUCUGGCCAUGUGGGAGAGAGAGGCACAGGUGGUAGAGCUGGAGAAAGGGGAGUCAGGAUUGGGCUUCAGCAUCCUGGACUAUCAGGAUCCGGAGGAUGCCACUAAAACAGUGCUGGUAAUCCGCUCCUUGGUGCCGGGCGGUGUCGCCGACCGAGAUGGCCGCCUGCUCCCUGGAGACCGCCUCAUGUUUGUUAAUGAGACUGACUUGGAAGGCUCCAGUCUGGAUUACGCCGUGCAUGUGCUGAAGUCCACUGGUUACGGCCCUGUCCACAUUGGUGUUGCCAAGCCGCUGCCGUUGGAACUUUGCGGCGGCUUGACGCCCAUCUUGGAGAGAAGCACCAGGGAAUCCUGUGAUGACAGCGAGAGCCACAGUCAGGUCACGCUGCUAGCUGAGGAAGCUGAGGCCAACGCUUGCAACCUGGCGGAUAACAACGUCCACCCAUAUUGCAACAACUCGGAAAUCCAGCCGCAUCUGCGUUUUGGUGUCAAGGAAGACGACGACAUGCAGCCCGUCCCUCCUCUGCCCCCACGCACCAGCUUCGAAAAGACAAUCACAGUUGUCCGGGGCAACCGUAGCCUUGGGAUGUCGGUGAGUGCUAUCAAGGAUGGCUCAGGCAUGCUGGUGCGCAGUGUGGCCCCUGGGGGCUCUGUCAGUCAAGAUGGCAGACUCGAGGUGGGUGACGCAAUCUUGGCGAUCAACGGCGAAUCUACGUCCAACCUGACCAACGCCAUGGCCCGGUCAAUGCUGCGGAGACACUCUGUCAUUGGGCCGGAGGUCAGUAUAAAUUAUGUGCCGGCACACCAGGUGGAUGAGCACCGUACCCGACUGCGUUUGCCCCCACUGGCAUCCAUCCUAGAAGACCCACCUUGCUCCCCCACACCGCCAGAACAAUUGUCGGCCAGAUCCCCUGUCCAGUGUAAAACCGCGGGUCCUGGUGUGACCGCAGGCAAAACCAGGUUCCCAUUAGAAGACACAGCCAUAGUCCCAAGUGUGAAUCCAGAUGCCGACUCGAGUAGAGAUGUUUUGCGCUUGUGUUCCCACGUAACUUGUCCAUUAUUGUACUGUCAGUUUCUGUUUGUAACGAUUGUGUGUUUUCAUCUCAUCCUCCAUCCCUCUAGUAUAAAUUAUGUGCCGGCACACCAGGUGGAUGAGCACCGUACCCGACUGCGUUUGCCCCCACUGGCAUCCAUCCUAGAAGACCCACCUUGCUCCCCCACACCGCCAGAACAAUUGUCGGCCAGAUCCCCUGUCCAGUGUAAAACCGCGGGUCCUGGUGUGACCGCAGGCAAAACCAGGUUCCCAUUAGAAGACACAGCCAUAGUCCCAAGUGUGAAUCCAGAUGCCGACUCGAGCCAACAAAAUCUCUACCUCACAAAAAGGGGGGAGGAAGACCCAGAGAGGGAAGAGAAAAAGGAGGAGAAUGGUGUUGAUGGUGAAGUCCUGAUGAACUUGGAUGCAAACGAGGAGGCAGAAGAUCAUCAUUCUCGCACCCCUGUGUCUUGGGGCCAACCUAGAAGGGUGCAGCUUAAUCGAGCUCCAGGCCAGUCCCUUGGUAUUAGCAUUAUGGGAGGCAAAGGCAUGGGCCAGAGGCUGAGUGGUGGUGAGAUGAUGAGGGGCAUCUUCAUCAAGUACAUCAGCUCUGAUAGCCCAGCAGCGCAUAACAGCACCAUCCAAAUUGGGGACAGGAUCUUGGAGGUGUGCGGUGUGGACCUGAGUGAUGCCAGCCAUGAGCAGGCGGUGGAGGCUAUCCGCAGGGCUGGAGACUGUGUGGACCUGCUGGUUCAGUCCAGACAGCAGGGAACACAGUCCUCUUUGCUUUUCAACCAUGAAAGAGCAACUCCAACCUUGCCAUCCAACUCACAUAACAGCCAGGAAGUGCAACAUCUUACUGGUUUGUUCCUUAGUCUCCCCCCUACAAACCCAUUCACUCCUACUCCAUUUAAGGUGCCUCAGCAGACUUCCAAUCGAGCAGGUCGGCGAAGCCCCGUGACUGUGAAGACACCAAGCAUUGCAGCCUCUGAUGAUCAGGAUGGCACUGGCAGAAAAAAGAUGUUGCAGCGUUAUGGCGCCCUGUCAGGGAAGCUUCAUAUGAUUGAGUUGGAGAAGCGCACGGCAGAACAUGGUUUGGGAAUCCGCCUUGCAGGGAAUAAGGAUGACUUCAGGGCCCGCAUGAGCGUCUACGUGGCGGAUAUAGACCCUCGAGGACCUGCCGGCUUAGAUGGGCGAAUACGGGUUGGGGAUGAGUUACUAGAGAUCAACGGUCAGAUCUUGUAUGGACGCAGUCAUCAGAACGCCUCCACCAUCAUCGAUAAUACUCCCUCUAAAGUCAAGAUCAUUCUCAUCAGAAAUAAAACAGCGACCGAAAUUCCCCAGAGCCGCUGCACAAUGGUGGGUGAUGACACUCAAAGCAGCCAGACUGACUCAGAAGCUCAUAAACAAAUCUCUACAGAUGUCCAGAACAUCAUCCAGGACAACACCGAAAAGGUUGGGGACAGUGUCAAAGCAGUGAAUGACGAGCCAGGGACCCACUUGAAGGUGGCGAAGGCCACUGUCAAAGGGUCUAUCAGCUGCCCUGAGGCUGCCUCAUCCAUUUCAGCCUCCUUGUCAAAGCCUCAUCAAGUACCAUCACCCCUUCUGGAUUGCUCCACCACCAUGGCCCUCAGCGCGAAGCAGACCACUCCUAAGGAGCGUCGUGAUUGGCGUGCAUCCACUUCAGCGUCUGACCCUCUUAACUGUCCCGUUGUGGCUGGCAAAGAAACCGCUAUAGAGAUUUUUAAGGGAAACUUGGGCCUGGGUCUCAGCAUUGUUGGAGGAUGUGACACUCUGCUGGGGUCAGUAAUAAUCCAUGAGGUGAAUGAUGGAGGAGCAGCGCAGAGAGAUGGAAGACUGCAGGCUGGGGACCAGAUAUUCGAGGUCAACGGGAUUGACCUGAGGCAGGCCACUCACGACGAGGCCAUUAGUGUACUGAGACUCACCACCCAACGCGUUGAGCUGCGUGUCUUCAGGCCCCAGGCGGCCUACAGGGAGGAGGACCUGUGGGAUGUUUUCAGUCUUGUCUUGAGGCCACAUCCUGUCAAGGGCCUUGGCUUCACCACUGUGGGUAAAAGUAAUGACACCGGCAUCUUUGUGUCAGAUAUCAUCAAAGGAGGCGUAACGGAUUUGGAUGGCAGGUUGAUGCUAGGUGACCAGAUUCUGUCAAUCAACGGGGAGGACAUCCGUGCAGAAUCACAAGACCUUGCCGAGAGGCUUCUGCAGAAUUGCUGUGGUGUGUUUCACCUAGAGGUGGCUCGUUUUAAAGCCGGGUUGCCAUACCCUGAACAGAACCAGAGUGAAGACUCAGACUGUUCCACCCUGACACCCUCAAGCAGUUCCACUGCUUGUGUCGACCAACAGAGGGAGGCAGAACACAGAGCAGGGUCCCACACCCCGACAGCAUUUGAAGACAACCCUGGCUACAGAAAAGUAGUUAUUAAAAAGGGUCCACGUGACUCCCUCGGCAUCACUUUAGCAGGAGGAGUGGGCAGUCCCCAUGGCAACGUACCUCUUUUUCUUGCGACCAUGGAUACCAGUGGAGUAGCUGCCAAAACACAGCAAUUAAAGCUAGGAGACAGGAUCCUCAGUAUAAAUGACGUCUCCAUGGAGGGAAUGACUCACAUCCAGGCUGGAGCCUUGCUUAAGAAUGCCAUUGGUGCCGUCACCCUACAGGUGGCAGCUGGACGCAGCCCUCAUCAUCCUAGCGGUGUACAUGAGCGACCAACAGGCCAGCCCAAUAGCCUGGCAUGCUUUCACAACAACCUCUGCACUCGGAUGUAUAAGACUGUCAGUCUGGAUCGAGGCUCUUCAGGCCUGGGCUUCAGCAUCGUGGGAGGCUUCGGAAGCCCACAUGGAGACCUGCCCAUCUACAUCAAAACGAUCUUUAACAAGGGAGCAGCCAUUGAGGAUGGGAGGCUGAAACGAGGCGAUCAGAUAAUUGCGGUGAACGGACACUGUCUGGAGGGGGUGACACACGCCGAAGCAGUGGACGUCCUCAAGAAGACCAAAGGGACUGUGCUUCUCACUGUCCUCUCAUGAGUUUGACCAGCAGAGCCCAUAAUUCAUGGAGAAGAGCCUCAAAAGGGAAGUCAAUUAUUUAAGAUGAACUACCUCUUAACUUCGAGCACAGCCCGGGUACUCCAUAGUCCCAAUAUAAAUUGUAUAAUAAUAUAUAAAAUGUAAUCAUAAUUCAAUCGUUUUUUGGGGGGGGUCAAAAAUCAAAUUGCAUUUUACAAUGAAAAAAUUCUCAAACGAAUUUCACUUUAACAGCGAGCCUGAAUAGUUUUGAAUAAUUUCCAACAACUUUCCUAAAUCUGAAAUAUGCCAAGUGCUUUUGCCAAUAUUUUGUGUGGCAUCAAGGUGGAAGGACUAUUUUGUGAUAAGUAUGGUAAGUUUUAUUUAAUGAUGUUACAAAGCUACUGAGUGAAUGAUGGUUUUAACGCAAAUUUUGUUUUGUUCAUUUUUAUUGCAUAAUGUGUGUGUUUUAGGAAGUUUGCCUGUGAUGAGUGAUUUUUUUCUAAUUACCGGUACUGUAUUAGUAUUCUUAUUUUCUGUAAGGUAUUGUAUUUCAUGAUUGUUAUAGGAACGCAGUGUUUGGAGUCAUACAACAACGAAAUAUGCUGUAAGUGUUUUUAUUAAAUGAUCAUUUGUUAGUAAAUUACGUCAUCUGUUGCACACCUUUGUGUGGGGGGAAGCAGCCUUUGUGGUAGGAUUUAUUUAUUUUUUUUUUUUUUUUUUAUGGCAGUGUUCGAAUAAUUGCUCAUUUGUUUUUCUCUUUUGUGUUGUUUCUUUGUUUGUUUGUUUGCCCUCACAUGAGGAAAAAUAGCAUCCAAACACAUCAUGGAUAUUUUGAAGCCUCAAUAUCAAAUCUGUAAAAGAUAUUUUUUCCCCAUGUUAACGAUUCGCCAAACUUGGUCGGCAAAGAGUAGGCCUAUAGUGGAGUGAAGUCCUUACCGACGAGCUAUCACCACACACAUAUAGGUUUUUAAAGGUCAAAAUUUCAUGGCGAAGGUGAAACAUUCCCCUGAAAUAUGCUUGGAUAAGCACUCUAGUUCAUAAAUGGAUGAAAUUGA